AAAUUGCUAUUAAUCUUGAGAAAAAGUGGAAGGAUACGUUAUUUCGCAGUUUUACAUACUAAAUCAAUUUCUUUGAGUUUCCUUCUUUGAAACAUGUAUGCCUUAGUAAAAUUUGUUGAUAAUGUACAAUAUGUGUGUAGUUCUAAAAAUAUUAUUGCUAAAAAAGAUGUAACAACAGUCAAAUAUAGUGAUGGACGUAGAUAUCCAGCAAACAUUAUAGGAAAAAACGAUGACAAACAACUAUUACAGCAAAUAUUACAAAAUAUACAUAAAGGUAUACCAUAUAUUAUGUGCAAAAAAUUUGAUACUAUAAGAAUAAGAAAUGUGAAAAUAACAAAAUUGAAACUACAUAAGAAAGUAGCACGUAAAAAUGCUACUAUUUUCACGAUUGCUGCAGAGAACUCAGUAUCAGAUUGCAACAUAAAAAAUGACGCUGAUCGCAAUAAAAACAAUGCAGAGACUGAUACACUAAUCAAAGAUUAUGAGCAAAUGAUCCAAAUGAAAAAUUGUUUUCAUCAAGGAAAUGCUAAUUUUGAUAGCAAUAAACCAAUAUUGGAUCGUAAUAAAUCAAUAAACUAUAUUGAUGAUAACAGAAAGAAAAGUAAGACUGAUACACAAAAUUGUGAUUAUCUGGGGAAAACAGAUGUUCCAAUAGUCUAUGCCGGAAAACAAGAUCGAUCGUUAGCCGUCGCUACAGUCAGGGCGAAUAACAGUGAUCUCGAUAGCUCGGAAUCACGCGGCAACUGA